AUGGCUACUGUUGCUUCAUUAAAUAUUAAUGAUGCAUCGAUAAAUUAUGGAAAACCAAAUGGUCUUCAUUGGAUUACCGCUUCAUUAUUCCUUAUCGCUGAUAUGGCUGGUGCUGGUAUUGUUGCAUUUCCGGCAGCAAUGAUUCGAUCCGGUAGUUUUAGCGGUAUAAUUAUUUUAUUAUCACUAGCAACUUCAUUUUGCUAUACCGCAUGUAUACUUUCCAAUAAUUGGAUUAUUAUGUGCAAUCGUUGGACUAUUUAUGCUAAACAUUGCCGGAAACCGUAUCCAGAAAUGGCAUAUCGUGCAAUGGGUGCAACCGCACGGUCAAUUUGCUCAUUCAUUCUUAAUACUAUCCUUUUUGGUGUUGCUGUUGUUUUUUGCCUAUUAUCAGCAUAUAUUAUCAAUGAUUUUAUCAUUUCUAUUAGUAAUUAUAAUAUCGGAUUUUGCUAUGUUUUAUUAUUUGUUGUAUUAGCCAUUUAUCCAGUAACAUUACUACGUUCACCACAAGAUUUUUGGUGGGCAGUUGUAUUAGCUAUGCUAACAACACUAGUUUCCAUAAUACUUAUUCUAAUUGGUUCAUGGUUGGAUUAUGGUAAAUGUGAUAAUACUGUAUUCGAUCCAAAGCCUACAAUUCAUUUUGAUGGUAUUAUCGCAUCAUUGGGCACAUAUAUGUUUGGCUUUGGUGGACAUAUCAUAUUUCCAAGUGUGCAACACGAUAUGAAAUAUCCCAAACAAUUUAUUCGCUCUGCAAUUCUUGCUUUUGCAAUAGUGACAGCAGUAUAUUUGCCAAUAUCAAUACUUGGUUAUGCAACGUAUGGUAAUUCACUCCAUGAUUCUGUUAUCGAUUCCAUACAGACUGGUUGGAUUCGACAAUGUGCUAAUUUAUUAAUUGGAAUGCAUUGCAUAUUAACAUUGACCGUAGUGAUAAAUCCAUUGAAUCAAGAAGCGGAAAGUUUUGUGAAAGCUCCUCAUCAUUUUGGUUGGCAUCGUGUUAUCAUUCGUACUCUUGUUAUUUUGGCAAUUUUAUUUGCUGCAGAAACAGUACCUAAAUUUGGACCAAUUCUAAAUCUAAUUGGUGGUAGUACAGUAGCGCUAACAUCAGCAAUGUUACCACUUCUUUACAAUAAUUAUCUGAAUGCAUCUUUACAUGAUCCAAUUACCAACACGUAUAAACGACCAACAUUCAUACAAGUACUUCAACGAAAUUCAAAAAACAAAUUAUUGCUUGAUUUUAUUAUUAUCGUGAUAACGAUGUUCUUCAGUAUGGCUACAACAUAUACUGCAAUAAUUGAUAUUGCAUCAACCGAUUUUACUAUGCCUUGCUAUUUAUCAUUUCUAGAAAGUGUUCCACGAAAUACAUCGGUUGAAAUAUUGUCGCAGCAAUCAGCAAUUUGUAGUGGAACAUAA